AAUCGAUCUACGUGUGCGUGUGCUCUGUCUGUGAGUGUGUGUGUGUGAGCAAGAAAUUAUGCCAGUUAGCCUUAAAAGCGCUAAGCUAAAGAAUCAUUAAUUAAUUUAAUUAAUGCACAAAACCGGCACAUGUUUUGCUCAAAACAAAACAACAACAAAAAUUAAAAAGAAAUAACUAUUUAAAUGCACUAUAAAGAGAGACUCUUUCAAAGUGUUAAUAAAUAAAGUGCAUAAAAUACAUAAUAUAAAUAUUAAUAACAACAUUAACAGCAAUAAUAACGAAAACAACAACAACAAAAACAGCUAAGCAUCUACUAAAUUUCCUACUGGACUUGAACAGCUUUGAGUUUUGGAGUGAGCUGACGAAAGCUAGAAAGCUGCAACUCCAGAACGAACUGUUUGCCAUCAUGGACGGCUUUGUACAGGAGUGGUCCAACCUGCCCCGUUCCGAUAAUGGGCUGCACAUGGAUCAGCUGGUGGGCGAGCUGCCAACAGAUGGUGGCUUCGAGCCACAAACACGUGCACGCUCCAACACGUGGCCCUGUCCCCGUCCCGAGAACUUUGUGGAGCCAGUCGAUGAGUUGGACAGCACCAAAGCGAGCAAUCAGCAGCUGGCAGAUCCGCAGCAGGCCAUGCAGAAUGCGAAUGCGGCCAAAAAGAACUCAUCGCGUCGAAAUGCAUGGGGAAAUCUAUCCUAUGCCGAUCUCAUAACGCACGCCAUCGGCUCAGCAACCGAUAAACGCUUAACUCUGAGCCAAAUCUACGAGUGGAUGGUCCAGAAUGUGGCAUACUUUAAGGAUAAGGGCGACUCGAAUAGCAGCGCUGGCUGGAAGAACUCCAUCAGGCACAAUCUGUCGCUGCACAGUCGGUUUAUGCGCGUCCAGAACGAGGGCACCGGCAAAUCGUCUUGGUGGAUGCUCAAUCCGGAUGCAAAGCCGGGCAAAUCGGUGCGUCGCCGUGCCGCCUCAAUGGAAACAUCACGCUACGAGAAGCGUCGCGGCCGGGCAAAAAAGCGUGUGGAGGCCCUGCGACAGGCCGGAGCUGUUGGCCUCAACGAUGCGACGCCCUCGCCGAGCAGCAGCGUCAGCGAGGGCUUGGAUCACUUUCCAGAGAGUCCGUUGCACAGCGGCGGCUUUCAACUGUCGCCCGAUUUCCGUCAGCGCGCCUCAUCCAAUGCCAGUUCCUGCGGACGCUUGAGUCCCAUACGCGCCCUGGAUCUCGAGCCCGAUUGGGGCUACUCCGUUGACUAUCAGAAUACGACAAUGACGCAGGCGCAGGCGCAGGCACUCGACCAGCUGACCGGCUCCAUGGCGGAUGAGCUGAAACUCCAGAACGACAUGUUGCAGCAGCAAGGGUUCAGUGCAGCAUCUGGUCUGCCGACGCAGCCACCACCACCAUACCAGCAGCAGCAGCAGCAGCAGCAACAGCAGGCGCAACAACAGUCGCAGCUACCACAAGGCUAUACACUCAACGGACCCGUCUCUGCCCCCGGCUACAAUACACUGCAACCACAAGCGCAACAACAACAACAACAGCAGCAGCAGCAACAACAACAGCAGCAGCAGCCACAGUGCUUGUUGCAUCGUUCGCUCAACUGCGGCUGCUUACACAGUACGCGAGAUGGCCUGUCGCCAAAUUCAGUCACCACCACCAUGUCGCCUGCGUAUCCCAACAGUGAGCCCUCGUCGGACUCCCUUAACACCUAUAGCAAUAGCAUUCUGUUAGAUGCUGCUUCGGAUAAUGGUUCACUGCUUGUACAGCAACAACAACAACAGCAGCAACAGCAACAACAGCAGCAGCAGCAGCAGCAGCAGUUGUCCUCUGGUUUGGAGGAUAAUAACUGCGCCUCUACUUUGAUAGGACAAUGCCUGGAGGCGCUCAACAGUGAGCAAAUUGACGAAUUUAACUUGGAGAACUUUCAGGGCGGUCUCGAGUGCAACGUCGAAGAGCUGCUGCAGCAGGAGAUGAUAUACGAUGGCCUGCUGGAUAUAAAUAUACCGCUGCCGGCGGUCAACACGAAUGCUACCAAUGUGAUCUUAACCAAUAAUAGUACAAACAACAGCAGCAGUGGCUGCAACAUCAGUGCAGGUGUGCAGUUGAGUUGCAGUCAGUUGCAGGCAGAAUUGCAAUUGCAACAGCAGCAGCAACAACAGCAGCAACAGCAACAACAGCAGCAACAGCAGCAACAGCAGCAGCAGCAACAGUUGCUGUUGAGCAACAAUAACAAUAACAACAACAAUAGCCUGGAGUUGGCCACACAAACAGCGACCCGAGUGCAGUACACACAACCCAGUGUGGUCACCUCGCCCCCCUCCUGGGUGCAUUAGAUCCGUUCGAGAUCUCCAAAUAGCUUGGAACCACCGCUUGUUAAGACGUUGGCUGGGCCUAAACUAAACGACAAUAUUGUGUACAAUUUAAGCAGAACAGCGGAGAUACAACGAUAAGCACAAUGAGAAGGGACUUGUUGAGGUUGAGGAUUGGGGUGUUUUGUGGAUUGAGGAGCUGAGGAGCUGAGGAGCUGAGGCGCUGAGGCGCUGAGGAGCUGAGGAGCUGCAGCUGGCCGCCCACUACAAUUUACAAAGAUUUAUCUGGUCGCUUCUAAUUUAAAAUGAAAAAAAAAAGAAAAAGAAAAACACACACAUAUACAUACAUAUACACACAAAACAUACGUAUAGCAUAUAGAAACGCAUAAACUUAAUUGCAUUGAGUACCAUAGAAACUAAUAUCCAAUGUUUAGCGCUUAUAAUUAGUAGAAUUCUGUGUGCAUUGAAAAACGAUAACAAAAAAUUGAAUAAAAACUUAACGAAAACAAAGUAAAAACAGCGCAAUAUGCAAGCAAAAAAAUAAUGAAAUAAGAAAAAGAAAUAAGAUUCUAACCAUUCAGAAACACUUUGAAAGAAAUUUUGAAUACCAACAGCAAAAACAAACAGAAGAAGAACCCAUGCAAGCAAAUAUUGCUAGUUAGUAAGUCAUACUUUGUACAUAUUAAUUUUAAUGCCCUUAGCAUAAAGUGAACCACAAAUAACAAAAGCGUAAAACGUACAUAAAUAAAACAAAAAAAGAUAAAAGAAAAGAAAGAAAACAUAAAACACAAAAAAAAAAAAGAAAAUAGAAAAUGUUCCAAGAAAAAGCAAGCAAGAUUCAGCGAAAAAUCCAGUAGACGGAAAAGAUGUGAAACUUUAAAAUCAAUUAGCACAAUUAUGUAAUAACUUAUGCUUAACAUAUUUAAUUGACAACAAAAUAUUCUUAAAUAUAAUAAGAAUAAUUGUAAUUUGUACAUUUUUUUUCUUAGAACGCUUAAAACGGAAAGAAAAAGUCUUUAAAUCAUAUAUAUGAUGUGUGUAUAUGUUAAAUAUAUGCUUAGGAUUUGCAAUGGAAUACGUAAUAUGUGUAUAUUCUCUGGUACUACUACGACUACUCUAUGUAAAUAGCUCUGUGGCCCUUGACGAGGCCUAAAUACAUAUAUAUGGCUUACGAAAUUUUCUGUUUUGUGAAAAUCGUUAAUCCAAUUGAAAAUAAACAAAAAAUAAACAACAACAAAAAAAACAAGGAAACACACAAAUAAAUAAAAACUGAACGCUAAGAAAACUGCGCUAUUUACGUUUGUUAUAAAUAAUAAGCCCUUAAAGUUAAUAAAAAAAAAAAAACACACACA